AUGUCUCGAAAAACCAGUGAUAUUUGGAAACAUUUUAGCAUUGGAGACAAUGUGGCAAAAAUUGCAACUUGUAAUAUAUGUCAAAAUGCGGUAUCAUACAAAUCUACCAUAACAAAUUUAAAAUUACAUUUAAAGCGUAAGCAUGUGUCUGUAUUUUAUACAUUAAGCCAACCUGAUACUAAUAUUGCUUCACAAGCUACAUUAACAAGUGACAAAACGAUAAAUGUGACAAAUCCAGAACAUGCUAUAGCAUCAGCGUUAACAAUAAAUUCUACCGCUACGAUUUCUGACGCUAUUAGCUCCGGCUCUUCAGCGCAAAAACGGCAAAGAACAAUGGCAUCAUAUAUUCCAAAAAAAAUGAGUAUGCAAGAAAGUAAACUGAUAGAUGAAGCCUUGUUACAUCUUUUCAUUUGGGAUUAUCAGCCGUUGAGUAUAGUGGAAGAUAAAGGAUUUUUAAAAUAUACAAAUGCUUUAAAUCCUUCGUACAAACCACCUAGUCGGAAAACAAUAUCAGCCAGUUUGAUACCAUCGGCUUACACCGCCUGCAGGGAGAAAUUAAUGAAAGAAGUACAGCGAGAAGCUAUGAGUGUAUGCCUCACAACUGAUACGUGGACUUCUUCCGUAAAUGAUAGUUACAUAGCAAUAACCAUACAUUACACUACAUCAGAAUUAGAAUUCAAAACGGUACUUUUAGAAUGUGCUCACUAUAGUGAAAAACAUACAGGUGAACUACUAGCUAGCCAAUUAAAAAACACGAUUGAAGCCUGGGGCUUGACCGGAAAAGUAGUACUGGCAAUAACGGACAAUGCAAAAAAUAUUGUAAAUGCCAUUAAUUUGUUAGGGUGGAAGCAUUUUGGAUGUUAUGCUCACACCUUAAAUUUAGUUGUUGAUGAUGCAUUAAAAAUUGUUAAAGAUACUUUAGAAAAAAUAAAAAAUAUAGUAUCAUAUUUUAAGAGAAGUUCAUCUGCAACAGAUAGAUUGAUAAAAUAUCAAGUUCAACAACAGAUUAAUAUACCCAAAAAACUCAAGCAAUCUAUACCUACUCGUUGGAAUUCAACAUUUUUCAUGUUGCAGCGCUUUGUAGAGUUGGAAGAAGCAGUGCGGGCCACUUUGGCCCUGGUGCAAAGAGAUUUUGAUGAGUCUCUAUCUGAAGACGAUUGGAUUAUAUGCACGCAACUUACCACUAUUUUAAAGCCAUUUGAGCAAGCAACGGCCAAAAUGAGCGGAGAAAAAUACACCACCGCCAGUAUGGCGAUAGUUGUAACGCGUGGUUUACAUAACGUGUGUGAAAAUUUGCUUAAAAACCAAUACAAGCCUGUCAUUAGCAAUGUGCUACUAAAACUAAAAGAGGGACUUUCAAUGAGAUUCAAUAACAUUGAAUACCAUAAAGAGUUGGCUAUGAGCACACUUUUAGAUCCGAGAUUUAAAAUGAGUGGCUUUAGUGAUAAAUGUGCGGCAGAUCAUUCCAAAAAAAGAGCCAUUGAUAUGGUUGCUACUAUGAUCGGCAACUCUGUUGUUACACAUUAUCCCACCACUUCCAAUGAGCCAUCGCAACCUGGCUGUUCAAAAGAGAUAUCCAUAUGGGACGACUUUGAUCGGGAAGUUAAUAAUUUACAGCCAAGAAGCUCACCUAUGGCAAAAGCGAUUACGGAAAUAGGAGCAUAUCUAGAAGAUGCAUUAUUGCCCCGAAACUCCGAAGAUACACCCCUUGAAUGGUGGAAAAACAAUCGCCAUCUUUAUCCAACACUAUGCAAGUUAUUUAUUAAAAGGGGCAAUUUCCUGGCUACCAGUGUGCCUUGUGAACGAAUAUUUUCGAAAGCUGGGUACAUUAUUAAUGACAGAAGGACCCGAUUAACCAGUGAAAAGGUUCGCCAAUUGGUGUUUUUAAAUAUUAAUAAAAGUUAA